CUCUCAAACCAUCAACAGAGCGCCUAAAAUCUAAAGCACGAGAGAGAGAGAGAGAGAGAGAGAGAGAGAGAGUGAUGGCGUCGGGAUCUGCAGAAGCGUUUUGGAGCGAAGAAGAUCCAGCUUCGAUCGCGGAGACGACGGACGUCGAGCUCCUGAAGAGGGCAUGGCGGAACGAGAAGGCCGCUCCUGAAAUUCUACCCUUCCAGUCCAGCUUGGUCCACCGAUCAAGGGAACAGAUCCAAUUGCUGGAAGAAACUGUGGAGGAAUUUGCAGGAAAUGGUAGCGACGAUCUCAUCGUAUCCCUUUACCAGAUGGACUUGGACCGCAUGCUCUUCCUUUUAAGAUCAUACCUUCGGAUUCGCCUCCUAAAGAUUGAGAAGUACAUGCUUCACAUUUCAAAAACUCAACUUUGGAACCGCCUUUCUGAACAAGAACAGAAGUUUGCCAAAAGGUGUACUGAUAUUAUGGAGAAGCAUCUUGAACAAUCUGUACUAUCACGGUUGCCUUAUGGUUAUCAGUCCAUUCUGAAGCAAUCCAUCUCUAGUGAAGAGGACGACAUGGUUCCAGAGCCCCAGUUGGACACCUUCGUCUUCUGCAAAAGCAAGGGAUCCAUUGGAGCAUUCCAGCUGGAUGACACCGGUGAUGAGAUUGUGGACCUAGUCGCUGAUGACCUUUACGUCCUCCGCUACAAGUCGAUAAAGGGGCUUGUGGAAGGUGGGCGGAUCGAUCUUGUCUGACUUGCUGGAAAAGCCCGUAUAUAUAUAUAUAUUUUCCUCACAAAUCCUGCAUGGUGGAAUGUCAUUGGCCACGAGAAAGGUAUUUCAGCUUCUUUGUUGAUCACGUAAGCAUUUGAUGCUUCUCAAGUCAAUUACAUGCCACACGGUCAAGUAGAUGUGACCACUCACAGUGGAAGAUAGUAGCCUUUCUGUCACUUUGAAUGUAUGGUUGUGAUUGAGGCUUUCCAACCUCUUUAAAUGUGUUAUUUCCUUGAAAAUUCCUGAUGAUAUCAAGUAGACCCGGUUGCACAGAAA